CAUAAGGUGAAUUUUAUCCGGAGCACGCACGCAACAUUUAUAACCCUAGCAACUUCAACUAAAGUUGUAAAAUUCUACUGUAUACAAAAACAGCAUUUGAUACGCCACUAUGGGGUUGAUAAGUCUCUUGCUCACCUACAGCUUAGUAUAUUUGCUCGUACUUCAGACGGGUUGCUUUGCUGCAAAAUUCACGAUGUUUCCGAUGGUGGGUAGGAGUCACUACCUAGUUCUUGCAAGGAUAGGAAAAGAAUUGGAAAGCAGAGGUCAUAAGGUGUUGAUAAUUGUGGGAGACUGUGAAAAGUUCGCUGCGAAAGACCCUCGUGUUCGAACAUUCAAGUGCUCGGAUGACUUCACAAAACUUGACCCAACCAAGAUAGAUCACUUGGUAAAGUGUUGGUCUUAUAGCUGUGAUGCAAUACUCAGCAACCCUGAUGUCAUGAAACAAGUCAAAUCCUCCGAUGCUGUUAUUGGAGAUGCAGCGUUCCAGUGCUCGUAUUUGGUCGCCGAUAAAUUCUCUUUACCUCAUGUUACAGUCUUGAUGAGUCCUCUCAGUACGGGUUCGGUUUUCCCGUUAAACUUUGCACAACUUCCUUCUUACAUACCCCACUUCACCUCCGGAUUCACUGAUCAUAUGAAUUUUCUGCAGAGGGUGAAGAAUACCCUGCUAUACUUGUCUCAUAAACUGAUGGUUCCUUCGCUAAGAGAUAACGUUUACGGACCGCUGAAGAAGAAAUACAACAUAACACCGGAGAAAACUCUCCACGAGACUUACCAGAAAGUUGACCUUAUCCUUGUUCAAUCGGAUCCUCUUGAUUAUCCAAGAUUCCACUUACCGAAUACUAAACUGGUUGGUCCGCUGCUCUCAAGUCCAGCCAAACCCCUCCCAGAUGAUCUUCAGCAGUUUGUUAUGGGGUCUGGGGACGAGGGUGUCAUACUUGUCUCGUUUGGAUCGAUUCUAUCCCAGAUAGACGAUCAGACAAUAGAAAGAAUGGCAGCUGUGUUUUCCAGCUUACCACAGAGAGUUGUCUGGAAACUUAAUACAGAGGGCAAAAGUUUGCACCUUGGUGACAACGUCAAAGUGUCCUCCUGGCUUCCACAGAACGACAUUCUCGGUCAUCCAAAGACACGUUUGUUUAUUGGUCAUGCUGGAAUGAAUGGAAUGUUGGAGGCUGCUUACCAUGGAGUCCCCAUGAUUUGUGUGCCUUUCUUUGGAGACCAGUUUGACAACUCUGCGGCCGUGAAGCACUUCGGGAUGGGGGAGUUUUUGUACAAGGAGUCAAUAACUGAGGAGAGUCUUGGGAACUUAAUACAAACUGUUCUAAACAAUCCAAGUUACCGUGACAAUGCUGGUAGAAUUUCUAGGUCUAUCAAGCUGCUCCCGCGUUCUGCGAUAGAGGCAGCCGCUGACUGGGUGGAGUACGCGCAAGCUCUAGGCGACUUGUCGUUCCUCAGACCACGAAGCCUGGAUCUACCAUUUUAUCAACUUUACCUUUUGGAUGUGUUAGCUCUGUUUCUUUUAUUGUCAAUUAUCGUUGUAGCUGCUGUUUACUUAGUUCUCAGGUGUUUGUAUCGUUUUUGCUUCAGCAAGAGGCCGAUGAAAGAAAAGCCGAACUACAAACAGGUGCUGAUUGUUGUUGGAGAACGUGAGACGUAUGCCGCAAAAGACCCACGUGUUCGAGCAUUCAAUUCAACGGAUUAUAUCAACAGACUUGACAUGACCAAGAUAGAGAACCUGAUGAAAAUAUGGUUGUACAAUUGUGAUGCAAUACUCAGCAACCCUGUUGUCAUGAACCAAAUCAAAUCUUCCGAUGCUGUUAUUGGAGAUGCACUGUUCUUGUGUUCGUUUUUGAUCGCAGAUAAAUUCUCCUUGACUCAUGUAACAGUCCUGAUGAGUCCGCUCAGUUCAGGUUCGAUAUUACCGCUGAACUUUGCACAACUUCCUUCUUACCUACCCGAGAUUACCUCAGGACUCACCGAACACAUGAAUUUUCUACAAAGAGUAAAGAAUACUGGGCUAUACCUCCUUCACAGGAUGGGUCGUUAUAAUAUUGAUGGAAUCUAUGAAACACUGAAGAUGAAGCACAACAUCACACCAGAGAAAACUCUCCACGAGACAUACCAGAAAGUCGACCUUAUCCUUGUUCAGUCGGGUCCCCUCGAUUAUCCAAGGCCUCUAUUACCGAAUACUAAAGCGGUUGGUCCACUGCUAUCAAGUCCAGCCAAACCCCUCCCAGAUGAUCUUCAACAGUUUGUCAUGGGGUCUGGGGACGAGGGAGUCAUACUUGUGUCGUUUGGAUCGAUUCUGUCAGAGAUAGACGAUCGGACAAUUGAAAGAAUGGCAGCUGUAUUUUCUAGCUUAUUAAUGAGAGUUGUCUGGAAACUUGAUACAGAGGGCAGAAAUUUGCACCUUGGCAAUAACGUCAAAGUGUCUUCCUGGCUUCCACAGAACGACAUUCUCGGUCAUCCAAAGACACGUUUGUUCAUUGGCCAUGCUGGAAUGAAUGGAAUGUUGGAGGCUGCUUAUCAUGGAGUCCCCAUGAUUUGUGUGCCUUUCUUUGCCGAUCAGUUUGACAACUCUGCGGCCGCAAAGCACUUCGGGAUGGCGGAGAUUUUGUACAAAGAGUCAAUAACUGAGGAGAGUCUUGGCAACUUAAUACAAACUGUUCUUAACAAUCCAAGUUACCGCGAGAAUGCUGCUAGAAUUUCCAGGUCUAUCAAGCUGCGCCCGCGUGCUGCUAUAGAGGCAGCCGCUGACUGGGUGGAGUACGCGCAAGCUCUAGGUGACCUGUCGUUCCUCAGACCACGAAGCCUGGAUCUACCAUUUUAUCAACUUUACCUUUUGGACGUACUCGCUCUUUUCAUUUUCCUCUUAAUCAUCGUUGUAUCCGCAAUUUAUUUGCAGCUCAGGUGUUUGUACCGUCGUUGCUUCAGGAAGAAGCCGAUUAAAGAAAAGUCGCUCUAG